CACUCGGCCACGCGCGCGCCGGCCGGCCCCACUGGCGCAGCGCGGUUGUGCGCGGGUCGCAUUGUCUGCCGCGCCGUCCCGCCCGCUGGCCUCGUCCCGCGCCGCCGCUGCCCGCGCGCCCGGGGCCCCUCACCGAGCACCGCUCGCGGGAUUCCGACGCGGGAAGGGGGCGCGCCCGGGCGGCGCAGCGGGCCUCGGACGCCCCCGGCCCCGCACGGAGCAGCCGCGGCAGCAGCAGAGUCUCUCCAGGGGGAGGGUCCCCAUCCUACCUCGUCAUGUCCCGCCGAAGCCAGCGCCUCACGCGCUACUCCCAGGCUGACGACGACAGCGGAAGCAGCAGCGGAGGGAGCUCGGUGAUGGGGAGCCAGAGCACCCUGUUGAAAGACAGUCCUCUCAGGCCAGGCUGUCGUCCUCAUGUUCGGGGGACAGGCCGCGGGGAGAGGCAGCUUCAAGAACAAGCCAGGCCAGAACCCCCCAGAGUGCAAGUGGGGUUCACAGGAGCCCCUUCUGCUGUGGAUAGGACCUUGAAGAGGAAGUCCAGCAACAUGAAGCGCCUCUCCCCUGCGCCCCAGCUGGGCCCCUCCUCCGACGCACACACCUCCUACUACAGCGAGUCGGUGGUCAGGGAGUCCUACUUUGGCAGCCCCCGGGCCUCCUCCCUGGCCAGGAGCUCCAUCCUCGACGACCACCUGCAUAGUGACUCCUACUGGAGUGAGGACUUGCGGGUGAGGAGGAGGAGGGGCACAGGCGGCACGGAGAGCAGCAAACUCAACGGGCUUGCUGAGAACAAGAGCUCCGAGGACUUCCUGGGCUCUUCCUCGGGCUACUCUUCUGAGGAUGACUUCGCAGGAUACUCGGAGACUGACCACCGUGAUUCAGGUUCACGGUUAAGGAACGCCAUCUCCUGGGCAGCCUCCUGUUUCUGGACGCUUGUCACUUCUCCAGGCCGGCUCUUUGGCCUCCUCUACUGGUGGGUUGGCACCACCUGGUAUCGCCUGACGACAGCUGCCUCUCUUCUCGAUGUCUUCGUUUUAACCAGGCGCUUCUCGUCUGUGAAGACAUUCCUAUGGUUCCUCUUGCUGCUGCUGCUCAUGACCGGCCUGACCUAUGGUGCUUGGUAUUUCUACCCGUAUGGGCUGCAGACAUUCCACCCUGCUGUGGUUUCCUGGUGGGCAGCGAAGAGCAGUGGCAGACAGCAGGAUGUGUGCGAGUCCAGAGACUCCUCCCACUUCCAGGCUGAGCAGCGCAUCUUGUCCCGGGUCCACUCUCUGGAGCGGCGUCUGGAAGCUCUCACUGCUGAAUUUUCCUCCAACUGGCAGAAGGAGGCUAUGCGGCUGGAGCGGCUGGAGCUGCGGCAGGGAGCCGCUGGUGGGGGAGGCCACAUGGGCCUGAGCCAGGACGACACCCUGGCGCUUCUGGAGGGGCUAGUGAGCCGCCGUGAGGCUGCCCUGAAGGAGGACUUCCGCAGGGACACCACCGCUCGGAUCCAGGAAGAACUGGCCACCCUGAGAGCAGAACAUCAACAAGACUCUGAAGACCUCUUUAAGAAAAUUGUCCAGGCUUCCCAGGAGUCUGAGGCUCAACUCCAGCAGCUGAAGUCUGAGUGGCAAAGGAUGACCCAAGAGGCCUUCCGAGAGAACUCCAUGAAGGAGCUGGGGCGGCUGGAGGGCCAGCUGGCAGCCCUGAGCCUGAAGCAGAGCUCUGUGGCAGACCAAGUGGGCCUCCUGCCCCAGCAGCUGCAGGCCGUGAGGGAUGACGUGGAGUCUCAAUUCCCCGCCUGGGUCAGUCAGUUCCUUCUCCGAGGUGGAGGAACCCGCACGGGGCUCCUUCAGCGAGAGGAGAUGCAAGCUCAGCUGCAGGAGCUGGAGAGCAAGAUCCUUGCCCACGUGGCCGAGAUGCAGGGCAAGUCAGCGAGGGAGGCCGCGGCCAGCCUGGGGCUGACGCUGCAGAAGGAAGGCGUGAUCGGGGUGACAGAGGAGCAGGUGCAGCGCAUUGUAAACCAGGCCCUGAAGCGCUACAGUGAGGACCGCAUCGGGAUGGUGGACUACGCUCUGGAAUCAGGAGGUGUGUGUGCACUCUCCCCCCUUCGCAGAGCCUUUGUCCUGCUGCUGGCUGGCCCUCUGGCAUCGGCCGGGGCAGCCAUGUUGCUAGGCGAGUGGAGCUUGAGAUCAGCACACGUCACUCACAACGAAGGGGCUAGUGUUAUCAGCACCCGGUGUUCCGAGACCUAUGAGACCAAGACGGCCCUCCUCAGCCUCUUCGGCAUCCCCCUGUGGUACCACUCGCAGUCACCCCGAGUCAUUCUCCAGCCAGACGUGCACCCAGGCAACUGCUGGGCCUUCCAGGGGCCCCAGGGCUUUGCCGUGGUUCGCCUCUCUGCCCGCAUCCGCCCCACUGCUGUCACCUUAGAGCAUGUCCCCAAGUCCUUGUCGCCCAACAGCACCAUCUCCAGUGCCCCCAAGGACUUCUCCAUCUUUGGGUUUGAUGAAGACCUGCAGCAAGAGGGGACACUUCUUGGCCAGUUCACCUACGACCAGGAUGGGGAGCCCAUUCAGACCUUCUAUUUUCAGGACACUAAAAUGGCCACAUACCAGGUGGUAGAGCUACGGAUCUUGACUAACUGGGGCCAUCCCGAGUAUACCUGCAUCUACCGCUUCCGGGUGCAUGGGGAACCCACCCACUAGGCCUUUUCUGUACUGCAGCCAGCCAGCUGGGAGUCCAGCCUCUCUCAGCACGUGCCCCCUUCUCUGGGAGUGGGAGAGCAGCACCCUGCCACUUCCCCACAUGCUUGACCAGCGCACGGACUUCCAGGAGCAAGAACCCCUGGCCUGAUGGAGCUGAGAACAUAUAGGGCUUUCCUAGCAGCGGGACAGCUCAAGGUGGACAGCAAGCUCCAGUGUCCCUUUUCUUUGUCCUCCUUGUGCCAGGCAUGGGGUGUCUACUUCACCCUCUUGGGAUGGUGUAUAUAUGUAGCAUAUUGUGGGGGAUUGAAAGACAGGGAGAGAGGCAAUGAGUGGACAUGUUCCAGCAAAGGUGGGUGAAACCUGUCUGCCCCUUAAACAGGAUGGGGGCUGGCACCCAGGGAGCUGCUGAUGGUAGGUGUGUGAAUGAAGCAGGUGCCAAAGCCGUGGGUGGGCUAUAAGUGAGGGCCUGGGGCAAGUGAGCUGCCCUCAUCCGCAGGCAGGGAAGUGAGGUCCUCUGGGAGGAAAGUGCUCGUGGUGCAGGUUGGGACUGAGCCCCAGUCAGGAAGCUCCUAGAAGAGCCCAGCUGCCCUGUACAAGAAGUCUAGUGCCAUCAACCUAAGGGAGCUUGACCCAUGGGGUCCCCCAAAGGCCUCGCUACACUGUAUUUGGUCUGGGUCACAGUGGGCAGUUGGGCUUCCCAUGCUCUCGAGGGUCUGACUCCUGUGAGCCUCUGAGGGGCCAGGAGGCCAACCUGUAGGAUUCCCACUCUGCUGGGGCUAGUUGCUUUCUCUCGCUCUCCUGAUGCUGGGACCGGGGCCCACUCUGCUCCCCAUUCCUGCUAGGGCCUACCUGUGCCCCAGAGCAAGCUUGUCACAUUCCCCCAGGGUGAAGGGAGCCUAGACCAGUUUGAGGCCAUAAGCAGCUGGGGUAAGCUUAAAAGGAUGAGGAGCAGGGUACUCCUUAGGCUCUUGCGGUGGUCCAAAGAGUAUGAUGGUAACAUUCAAGGUGUCAUGGUGGGAAGAGGUCUGUCUACUGUGGGCCCCCAUCCUAGUCAGGCCCCUGACUAUAAGGGCCCUGAUCCUCAGCUACCCUCUUGGGACUCUUUCAAGCUCUUGCUCAGAUGGUUUCCUUUCUGGCUCAUUUUCUAUGGGGGGGUGGCAUUCAGGGGUGGUGGGCAGCAGGGAGAUAGGGCUUUUAGACCCAAGCAGGCCUGCUGUAUUAUGUAUAUAUUUUUCAAGGUCUGAUUUUUAACUGAAAAGCUUUGGGCUUGAUUCCUAGCCCCGUUCUGUGGGGCACUGGCUGAUUUCAGUUCUUUGUAACCCAGCUGCCGUGAGGGGCUGCUGUGGAGGCAGGUGCCCCAGGAGCAGGGCUGAGCCCCAGAUGGGCUCGUAGGGGAGGAAGCUGGAAGGAAGAGGAGGCCCAAGGCCACCUCUGGUCCCCUGGCAGCGGCUCCAUCCCAGACAACCAGGUUUCGUUUUGCGCUCUCCUGUCACAAAUGCUGCACUAUUGGUUCUGAAUUUUUUAUCUCCAGAUUCUAAUUUAUGCCUAUGCAAAAAAAAAUAAAUUAUGCCCAGGAUUCA